AUGGAUAUACAUGACAAAAAUAUGAGAAAAAGAAGGCGAAACCCCCAGUACAUAAUAUCAUUAUGUAAGAAAGAAGAAAAUGUUAAUAUUUCAGAUAGAUAUAAGAAAAAUAAAAUAACUGUUGAACAUGAUGAUAAUAAUAUAGUAAACAAGAAAAGUGAAUACCAUAUGAAAAAAGAAUAUGAUACAAGGAAUAAAUGUGCUUUAAAGACUAAAGCUACAGAUGAUAAAACGAACGAAUUAGAAAAUUCAAUAAACCAUAAUUCUAAAUUAGAUAAUUUUAAAUUAGAAAAGGAAGAUAAAAUAGAAAUAGAAAAAAUUAGUUUUGAAGAUAUGAAAGAAAAACUUAUAAACGAAAAAGUUAUUAAAAAAAAAUGUGAUAUAAUAUAUAAUACCAUAAAUUCACAAAGUAAAAUAACAAAAUCAGAAAAUGGAAAAUUAAAUUAUUUGGAAAAUAAGGAUAACAUAAUAAAUGAACGAUUUAAUAAAAGCGUAUCUUUAUCAGAACAUGAUAUAUACAAAAAUAUAGAGCAGAUACCUGUAAUACAUACCACAAUGGAAGAAUUAUCAAACCCUAUUUUAUUUUUUGAAAAAUAUAACUCUAUUGGAUUAAAAUAUGGAGCUGUGAAAGUGAAACCUCCUAAAUUUUUUAAACCACAAUUUAAUCCUUAUUAUUUAAAUAUGAAAUUUAAUAUAAGAAAACAAAAAAUUAAUGAAUUAAAAUAUGGAAAAGAAUUUGAUCAUCCCGAGGAAUAUUGGUCCUUAUAUGAAGUGUAUAAAUAUAAUGAAAUGCUUGAAGUUUUGCAUCUACCAAAACAUCAAACUGGUUUAGAAUAUGUUGAAAGGAAAUAUUGGAAUAUAAUUAAUAAUGAAAAAGAGGAAAUAGUGUCAAUAUAUGGUGCCGAUUUACCUGUAUCCAAAAACCAUCCUACGUGCCUUUUUCAGAACAGUCUCAAAAUUGAAAAAUUAAAAAAAAAUAAAAGUAGAAGUUGUGAUAGUAAUUCCAUUAGUAACAGUGUCAAUAAACCACAAAUGGAAAUGAGUACUGGUUACGCAAAAGGUUCAGAUAAUAUCAAACAUGAUAGUGGAUAUAAGAGGGGAAUACCUAGUGACGUAGGAAAUAAUAUGUCACCUUGUGAUAAUCGUAAAAUGAACAAUUAUAACAGUGUUUCAUAUUUAUACCCCUAUAAUAAUAAUAAUAUAAAUAAUAACGGUAACUUAUGUAAUAAUAGUAUUAUAAUUAAAGAAGAGAUAGGGAAUAAAGGUAGAAACGAAAUAAUAGAUGUAAUAAACAUUUCUGAUGAUGAAAAUUUAAAAAUCCAAAGUAGAUACAGUUUAAGUAAGAGAAUGCAUGCACAAAAUCAGGGUAUGAAACUUGCUAACUGUGUUAACGAUAGUAAUAAUAGUGUAUGUACGCAUAGCACUUUAGGCUAUAGCAAUAACAAUAAUUAUAGAAAUAGUAAUAGUAAUAGCAAUAAUAACUGCAAUAGUAAUAGCAUUAGUAAUUGCCAUGGUAACAGCAUUAGUAAUUGCAAUGGUAAUAGCAUUAGUAAUUGCAAUGGUAAUAGCAUUAGUAAUUGCAAUUGUAGGAGUGCUAGUAAUUGCAAUAGUAGGAGUACUAGUAAUUGCAAUAGCAGGAGUACUAGUAAUUGCAAUAGUAGGAGUACUAGUAAUUGCAAUAGCGAUACUAUCAAUAGUAAUAGAGAUAAUAGUGAAUAUAGUAAUAGUUAUUUAAGGGAUAAAUAUGUGAAGAAAAAAGUGAACCCCUUUUUAAAACAAAAAAAAGAAAAAUACUAUUUAGAAAUAAAUAAUAUAAUUAACGGAAUUAGUGAAAAUUUAAAUAUAAAAUCUUUACCUUUUAUAAAAGGUUCUAUGUUAAAAAAUGUAGAUAUCUCUAUUGAAGGAGUCAAUAUACCGUGGUUAUACGUUGGAACCCUUUUUUCCUCCUUCUGCUGGCACACGGAAGAUAAUUAUUUUGCAUCAAUAAAUUAUCAGCAUUGGGGCAAACCAAAAAUAUGGUAUGUUAUACCCCCUCGCUAUAGUGACAAAGUGGAAGAUGUAAUUUACGAAUAUUUGAAAGAAAAUAGCAAAAGAAAAAAGAAAAAAAAAAAAAAGGUAAAAAAUAAGAAAAAACAAGCUAAAAAUGUUAUUCCAGAAGAAUUAAAAAGGAAACUAAAAGAAAGGGCAUCUACUACUACUUUUAGUGCUACACCUUGCAUGAAAAAUUACAAAAGGGUUAAAAAUAUGCAUUUUACAAAAAAUAGCGCAAAAUUCAGCUCAACUAGUGCUAGCAGCGGUGCUAGUAGCGCUAGCAGUACUAGAAGUAGUAGUAGCACUAGUACUACUAAAUUAAUUCAGGAAAAUUGUCAUUUCUUGGAUGUAGAUAUAAAUGAUGUUGAUUUAUUAUAUAGAAAAUCUUGUAUAAACUACAAAAUUAUAGAUAAAAAACAAAUACAUUUUAAAAAGGAGAAUAACAAAAAUAAAAUUUAUAAAUUAACUAUACAAGUGCCAAUUGAGGUUUUUUUAAAAAAUAAUAUCCCUGUGUUUAAAAAUAUUCAAACAAAAAAUGAAUUUAUUUUUUUAUGGCCAAAAACAUUUCAUGGAGGCUUUAAUUCAGGUUAUAAUUGUAAUGAAGCUUGUAAUAUAGCUCCAACUUUUUGGCUAUUUUAUGGAUUACAAUCGUAUUAUAACUAUAAAUAUUUCCGCAAUACCUGUAUAUCCAUACACUUCAUUUUAUUUUCUAAUAUAUUGCAUUAUCAAGAAUAUACCUUUAGUCAACUGAAGCAUAUAAUAUAUACUCUACGAUAUAUACUAACGGAUGAGUAUAAAUUUUUCAAAGAUAGCAAAACAAUAUUUGUAGAUUUUACAUUAAAUAGGGAUGCCCUUUUAAAUAACAAACUUAUGAACUAUUCAAAGCAUUUAUCGCUCGAUCUUACCAAAAUGUAUACAAAUUUUGAAUGCCAAAAGAAUAAGCAUUUCUUUUUUGAAAAUAUAAAAAGCAAGCUGGAAUUUUUUUAUAAAGAUUGUGAUGCCUGUAACUCACCAACCUUUAAUAGUUCAAUUAUAUGCCCACAUUCAAAUGACAUUUUAUGCAUUCACUGUUCUGAUGAGCACAGUUGCAACUGUAAAUUUAAAGUUGCCUUAAAAAGAUAUACCCUUUUAGAAAUGAUGAAAUUAUUAACCCUUUUAAUCCACUAUGCCAAUAAAAUAAAAACGAGUAAUGAAAGGGACAUAGAAUUCGAUGAUAUACCGGAUUAUAACUCCUUAAAAAUUUUUGAAGAUAAAAAUUCUAUUAAACUAUAUAAUAUGAUUCGUGAGACCAAAAAAUCAGAAGUGGAAAAAAGAUCUAAGUCAACGAAUUAUAUUGACUUGGAAAAUUAUUGCUUAGAAAGAAUAAACAACGUUGGUAAUGAGAAAAGGCCAAGGGAUAAAAUGAAAAAAGAGAAAAACUUUGUUUUAGAAGAUUAUUACACAAGUUCAAAUCAUUUUAAAACAAAAUUAACCCUAAAAUAUUUUCUUCUAACGUACGAGGAAGAAAUGGAAGACAAUCCUUUGAAAAUUCUGCCUAAAAUCAUUGCUUAA